GGAGGAGAUUCCUGAAUAUUCAGGAAUCAGGAGGGAGCCCUGGUGGCCGUUUCUUCCAUUAGCCGUCAUGGCUUGGCUGCGCUGCGAUGCGAUUCUUGGAGGGAGGAAGGAAGGGAAUGGAAUCUACUGCGAAACUCGUUACGUAUGACCACGAAGAGAGGGCGUGUGGAGAAUAAUGUCCGCGAUAGGGGUUGCAAACAUGUGCAGUGGGAGUGCUAAAACUGCCUGCCUCCCGCCUUCCAUUCUCGCUCACUCGCGCUCCGAUUCCUGGGGUUUCCGAAAAUGUGCCACUUUCAGUUCGUCCGAACUAUAUCCUCGGCCUCCAGGUGGUUUCAACAGUCCCAUGGCGCGGGGAGGUGUCGGUGAACGAAGAGUGGCGAAUGUUUUGUUUGUGGCAUUCUCCGAUGGGCCGGGGCAGGCCAGAGCACAGCACAGCACAGCAGGGCAGAGCAGAGUAGCAGGGCAGGAGGGCAGGAGCGCAGGGGCAGCAAGGGGGCAAGGAGGAGGAGCUCUCUGGGAGAUCCACCACUCCACAGCCAAUGGCUCACUCGUUAUGCCCAGUCGCCGAGUCCCAUGACUCCCUUCAGAGUAACACGCUUUUCUUCUCGAUCCUCUACUGUACGAACGCGCUUUUGCUUUGUUUUGUAUUGUAUUUUAAAACACCAUGGUCCUCCCUCCCUUCUUCUGAAGUGUGACAUGCCUGCCGGUGCCUGCCGCCGGUGCUGCUGAGAAACGCCUCCUGCCUUGCUGCUCGUUUGGCUUGUAUGCUUGUUGGCUGGCUGGCUCAGAGCCAGUGAGCCUAGAAAGAGAGGGGGGGACAAGGCUCGACAUUCUGUAUACCUCUUGAGGCAGCAGGUGCUGCUGGUGCAGGAAGUAUUCUAUUUUAUCCUGAGCUGCUGCGAAUACUUGCCUCUCUCGGGCUUACUGCCAGAGCUGCUGCAGACUUCGUCCUCUCACUACAUGCAAGGUGCAAAAGCCGGUUUCGUGUUCUCUUACAUGGGCAUGUACUUUGCAUGUACCGAGGCGAAGAAUAGAAUCAUCGAUGGCAAACUGUUCACUGCUCUGCUGCCGCUGCCGGAGUCCAUGCAAUGUCUGAUAUGUCGGUCCCUCCCUCGCUCCCUCUCUUUGUCUAUCAAUCAGUCGGUCGGUCGUAGCCCAGCUGUGGAGAGGAGGAGGAGGGAGAUGGACAAUUACAUGAACCGAUUGCCGGCCGGCUUCGGACUGGACAUUGAUAGUACGAUCGAGCUGGAGCGCGAGCUAGUGCUCGAGGGGCAUCGAGAAGUCAAUGGUGGUGAAUGCGAGCGGUCGAUUUUUUUUCCCCGCCCAGGCGCAAGUCUCGCUCAGUGGCAGCGGGACUGUCCUCGUCUCGAUCCGCCUUCAUAACAGAGGCUCAAUCGGCGCUCUUCUCCUGCUGCUGCCGCAUCGAACGAGCGGCCAGCAGCGAGCGCACUCACUGGCUCCCAGUGCAGGCUCGUCUGCAUCCGGACACGGAUGUGGAUCGCCGAAUAAAUUUCGACGGGCCUUUUGUGUACAUUUCGCGCAUCAAACCACGUGUUCACUCGAGUAUUGUCAAAGCCCGGAUUUGACUCCGCCCGUGCCUCUUAAGCCUUGAUGUAGUGAAGAUUCCCGGCUCACAGUGCAGCACCAAACAAGAUAGUAUACUUUACUUCCGGCCCUUGGACUUUUUGCUCUCCCAGUGAAAUCGGGAACCGGCUCGAUAGGAUCAUGGUCGCAUGGACGACGACGAGGCUGGCUGGCUGGCUGGCCAUCGAACCACCAGACCCAACAUCCGACGAUCUCGAAGAGGUCCUCGUCGAGACGACAAAACAGCGCAGGACAUAGUGCUAGCUCCGGACGAGGAGUCAACAAAGCCCCGACAUCGAAGCGAAGCCGGACCCAUGCAAUCAUGGCGAGUGGAAAUAUCUGAACCUCGGAUGGACACAGUCCGUCCCUUCAGACAUUGUAGCAACUUCGCAUGCUGCUUUAAGUGCGUCGCCCUCCCAACCGCCUGGCUGGACAUGAGGAUGCAGGAGGCAGUACCCCGGAGUAGCUCCGAGUGCCCCCACCGUUUGGAGGCGGGUCUAAUCGCCUCGCUUCGCGUUGUAGCGUCGAGGCCCAGAAGAUCCAGGUCCAAAAUUGUGGCAACAAAUUGACAAACUUUGAACUAACCAUUUGCGUUCGGGAACAUUUGUGACCCGGAGUUGGGUGUCCGGAAGCUAGACGGUCGAUUUCACGUGGCGAUGGAUGUUCUCGGGGUUUAAGAAUUCGGAAGAGAGGCAGCAGGCUCUUGUUUUGAGAAAGAUCGGAAGCACUCAUGCAUUCGCCGAUUUAGUCCCAGAUCCUGAGAGAUUUUCCGACACGCAUUUGGGCACUUUCGGUGGACAUAUCUCCUCCCCGAGGACCUGUUUCGAAGACUCGAGAGUCCGCCUGGCGUUUGCUCGACACGAGAAAUAUUCGUGUCUGAUGAAUACGCUCGAAAGUGCGAAACUGUUUCACCCAACAACAUCGCCGCGAAAAGGCCGUCACUGCAUCACUCUCGCUGCGUGUCGGAGUCGUUGAGCCCUCGAGCCCUCGAGCCCUCAGCCUUAUCAGGAACGUGGGCGGGCACUGGAGCCGCAGCAGCUGGGGACGCAUUCCUUUGCAUCCAUGACAGUGGGACCCCAGCCCCAGCCGACGAAGCGCAGUAUUAUUGAAACGACACCUGAGUGGAGUAUGAGUGAGGAUCCAGAUAAAUCCCGAUAAUUACUUCCGCUUUGGAAGCUCUGCCUCCAAACAUCCUGGAACGAUGGAGCCUUGCGCCGAAGGCGGGCGAGGAUUUGUGCGCAUGAUCGUUAGAGCUGGUCCCAUGUGCCGUGGAGCGGAGGUCAGACCUCCAGAGGCGAGGAAACUUCCUCUCGCUCCCGAUAUACGGACACUCGUCUCUCCACCUCGUCAGUACUUCGGGCCCAGACCUCAGACCCCAGACCAGAGCAGACUAGAUCAGACCAGAGCAGAUCAGAUCAGACUCGAGCAGACCGGAGCCAGAGCAGAGCGCACACGAAACCGGCGAGUGUUGUUGACCGAGACGAUAGGGUUGUCCAGCCCUGUGCCUGAACUUCUGCUUUUGCUGCCGAGUCUAAAGGGACUUUGGCUUUUGCGCGAGCAAAAAUCGUCAAGAAUCUCACCAGCCUGGUUUCGGCUUCGUCGAUGUUUCCUCGCUCUCAUCUCGUGUGCUCUUUUCAGCUCGUUCGACGCAGCUUCACUCUGGCUUUUGUGAACAGUCUAGCUCUCGAGCACUAACCUACACCGCAGGGAGUGAAUAGUAAUCAGAAAAAUAAUUGCGCUAUCCUUUCUUUAUCUGAGCUCUGCUGCUGAUGAGUGUUUCAAUAAGUGGGGCUCGAUGCUUGACCCUGUGAAAAAGGAGGCGGAAUCUUAGCGCUGAACGAGAUUCGCAGCCAUCACGUGGUCCUCUCCUUCAACGAACAUCAUGAGCGUGUAGACAGUAAGCUUUGCACAUUAUCGUGGUUGCGAGUCGGUCAUUAGUGACUUCACUCGUCUCGGAUCAACUCUGUGGCAUAUGCAUCGAGCUAUGAUUCGAUCAACGGCAGGUCUCCUCCAUGGUGGGUCCGACGACGGAAAAGGAGAAGUGGAGAAUAUCUGCUAUACAACCUCUGAUAUACUGAACCCAGAUCAAAACCCAGGAAAGUGCCAGUCAGCUCCAUCUUAACAGCAACGACUUUAGCGAGGGCUUUUGAUGUGAUAAGAAGAAAGGCAAGCGAAGGGGACAAGUUCUUGCUUGGCCCUUGCCUCUUGGAUCGGAGAAAAGUAUGUUGGAAAGAGCGCAUGCCUUCCGAUUUCUUAUCGUGUGCGAGUAGACUACUCCGGGUUCGUACCUUUGUCCAUUAAAGUACAGAAAGCAGUCGCAACCGAUGAAAAGAAGUAAUUUUGCAUCGGUUAAGGGCUCCUGUGGCUCGAAAUGUUGAACUGUUGAACAUGAAAUUUAUUCUUCCACUUCUUUACGCGAUUGAUACGUCU